UCUAAUAACGAAUCCGUUGGAGAGCUUGAAUCAGAUACUCAACUGUCACAGCCAAGCUGUAAACCUGUGCGCGCCAGAAAUUUAUGUGUUGAUUAAUAAUUUUAAGAAACUGACAUGACGACUGUAGGUCAUGUGCAAAGCACAUAUAAACAUAAAUUUUAGGUUAAAUGUUCGCAAAUAACUGGUCAUAUUAUUGACAUAAGUUUUGCAAAUGUCAGUAUUCAUUUUAAAGUUCUAAAACAGACAUAAUUUUGUCAUUUGAUUAUCAUGCUAUAGAAGUGUAACAGAGUAACACAGCUGAUAUAUUAAUUUUUGAUUUUAUUUUGAAAACAAGGAGGGAUGUAGUGUCUUGACAUUUGUACAAGAGCAAUCCUAUAGGGGAACUCUGUAAUCUGAGAGGUUAGAGAAAUGUACAAUACAUGUGCGUUAUUCCGAUCCAACUCGUCUGUGACUAUUGAGAUUAGCUCGGUUAAAUCCUGUUGAUAAUGUUUAUAUUCCCCUAACUCACCAUUCACCGAGUUCCGAGCAAGGUCAACGAUGACAUAAUUUCUGAAAAAAAAUAAUGAAGCUGAGACCUGUAUAUAUAUACUGACAGCCUCAGGGGUAGUAGGCCUCCAUGUACAUUGUAUAGGAAUCAGGAUAAAACGCCGACCGUGUACCUACCGAGUGCACAUUGCACAGUACACAGGUAUGCACAAACAGAAAGCUGACAGUAACGGUGUCUCCCUACUUGGCUGCACCGACCUUGCGCUCACAGCCGAUAUCCGGACCCCAGCUGUGUUGAGCGUGGAUUGAGCCGUACACGUAACACACGUGCGGCAUAUGCUCUUAUUAACAACCUGCUCUACCGACGUAAGCCAACAUAAGAAGUUUAUCCACGUCGCUGGCUGCCUUGUGGUACCGUACAUGCGAAAUGAGACCAUAUAUUGUCAGCUCGGAAUGUCCGUCGAUGACACUGUCACUUAAAAGGUUAGCAAACGCAGCAGCAGUGUUGUCUGUUACCUUGGCAACAACAUACGGAGUUUAUGUCAUCAUACGACAACGAAACCGAUUGAUAAAAGUCAACAAAAAGAGGAAAGAUUGUUCUGCUUCAAAGAAACGUCUGCAGCUUCACCUUGAAGAUAUUGAGAGAUCUGAGGGAAUAGAUGAAAACAUCACCGAGCUGGACUUCACCGACCUUCAACAACGACUCCAGGAUGGAGCUUUGGACGCAGUAACUGUGCUUCGUGCCUAUCAGCAAAAGGCUUUGAGAGUCGACAGAGAGCUGAACUGUAUCAUAGAGCCUAUAGCUGAGGCAGAGGACUGGGCAAGAAAUUCUAACCAGGGACCUCUGCACGGCAUACCAAUCAGCCUAAAGGACUACACACCCAUAAAGGGGUACGACUUCACCUUAGGUGGCUGUGCCAAUUUGCUGGGAAUGGCUCACCCGAUGGAUGCCUCCUUCAUUCAGGUUUUGAAGAAACAGGGAGCAGUUCCGUUUGUGAUUACUAACGCCCCACAGAUGCAUCUGUCGUUUGCCUGCGUUAAUCCCCUCUUCGGAUACACGGGUAAUCCCCAUAACCCCGCUAGGACCCCCGGGGGUUCAUCCGGUGGAGAAGGAGCUUUGAUUGGAGGCCACGGAUCUAUUCUUGGUAUAGGUACUGACAUGGGAGGAAGUGUCCGGGUACCGGCGGCUUUCUGUGGCACCUGUGCUCUGAAACCCACGCAUGAGCGCUUUAGCUAUUUGGGAUACUUUCCUAUCAUGCAAACAAUAGUUGCCCCGACCACGGGCCCGAUGGCUCGAGAUGUCACCUCACUGGUUGCCUUUAUGAGGGCCGUCCUUGUCCCAGACUUGUGGACAAUAGACCCUACUACCCCACCCAUGCCGUUCAGAGAAGAGAUUUACACCACACACAAGCCAUUACGAAUUGGGUAUUAUAAAGACGAUGGUUAUGUGCCGUGUAUUCCAGCGUAUCAUCGGGCAAUCGAUCUGGUCAGAGAGGUCCUGGAGAAACAAGGUCACACGCUGGUGCCCUUCCAAGUGCCGGAUGUGAAGUAUGCCAUAGAAGACGUGGGACUACGUGCUAUUUUAGGGGAUGGAGCGGAAUUUAUGAAGCUUAUAUUAACAGGGGAUGAGGUGAGCCGUGACCUUCUGUUUCCCGUCUGGAAACUGUGGAUGCCUAAAUGGCUUAGACGGAUCGCCUGCUUUUUCGAAAGCUUUAGUGAUAAGCGGAGGAGCAAAGUUCUUCAGGCGACAUGUGCUUACAACUCUGUCUCCGACUGGUGCACUCUUACAGGCCAGGCGCGGACAUAUCGACUUCGGGUUAUAAAAGAGUGGAAGGAAGAAAACCUUGAUGCAGUGAUCUGUCCGCCGUGCGCAUGCGUGGCAAUGCCUGAUGGUUUAGCCACCAGGUUGGGAGUGAUUUACAGUUACACGUUCUUGUACAACGUGCUGAAUUUCCCGGCGGGUGUGGUGCCCGUCACCACUGUGAACCGUGAGGACAUUACAAGAUUGCAAGAGUACCCUGCGGACUGUGACGGGCAGAGGGUGAUGAAACGGGCCAUGCAGGGGUCCGAAGGGAUGCCGGUCGGGGUUCAAUGUGUGGGCCUGCCCUUCCAGGAGGAACUGGUGUUACGUGUGAUGAAAGCCGUGGAGGAUGGCCUCAAGGUCCAAAGAUAAGGUUGCACAGAGCAGCGAUCUCACGAUCUUCCCAGAGGAACUACAGUUACGUGAGAUAAAAGCCGUGAGAGAUAAGCUCAUGACCCAUUUAUAAACCAGUAGAGGGCGCGCAUCGUGCAAACUAAUCGAGGACUACAAUGAAACUUUUUCUCGUCUGGAAUGGAUAAUGGCUUCCCUGUAACACUUUCCUUAGAUUAGUACUUCAUUAUAAUAGAUUACUAUUUACUCUCGCGAAUGGGCGUGAAUAAAUGACGAGUAAGUUAUGUUGAGGUUUCUUGGUAUAUUUCAACUUAAACCUGGAAUUAACCUUUACCAGAACAAAGGUCCCUUAGUCUGGCAUUUAACAUAAGACUGGUAUUAAGAUUAAAGGCAAAGAAAACACUAAUAUGAAGUAUGUGCCAAAUGAAAGAUCAUUAAACACUGUCCACAAAAAUAGUUCGAUUUAGUGUUUUAGAAUUUUCUCAAACUGAUAAAAUGCAUUUGAAAUUUUGGAUUCUACGGUGGCCUUUUCUGACAGUGUUGGGCCAGGUGAUGUCACAUCAGAUUUUUGCCACAAAACACACGGACAUUUCAUUAUUGAAAAUGCACAGAUAUAGAGAUGUGUGAAUACGCUCGCCGCAUGGAUCUUGACACGAGCUAAUUCAAGCCCACAAAUAUAGAGAUGUGUGAAUACGCUCGCCGCAUGGAUCUUGACACGAGCUAAUUCAAGCCCACAAAUAUAGAGAUGUGUGAAUACGCUCGCCGCAUGGAUCUUGACACGAGCUAUUUCAAGCCCACAAAUAUAGAGAUGUGUGAAUACGCUCGUCGCAUGGAUCUUGACACGAGCUAUUUCAAGCCCACAAAUAUGGCUGUAACAUCACUGAUACCCUUCGUUUCACCACAGACCACUGUAAAAUCUGAUUAAAUCCAUUUUACUCGAUUGGAAACAUUCUGAAAAAAAGAAAUCAGAAUAUUUUCUUGUACACUUUUAAUUGGUCUUUCAUCUGAUGUACACUUCGUUUUGGUGUUUUCUUUGCCUUAAAGGUAUAACAUCUAACAUACAUGGGGCUUAGUAGAAUAUUGUGACA